ACAGUUCAGCGAGAGAAAGGAAGAGGUGGACAUGAAUAGCAUCAAUCUAUGGCCGAACUCUAAUCCCAUGAUUUUGCCGUAUCGUUCAACAUCUCCGAUACUUAACGUUGUCAAUGGUGUUCCUCCUUUUCCUUCUUCAGUUCGGUCUUAUUGUUCUCUAACUCAACACCCUCUCAGGUACGCUGUGCUUGGUGCUGGAUUCGCUGGCCUCUCAGUGGUUUGGCAUUUGUUGAAGCACAGUCCUAAGGAGUUGAAUCUAAGAAUUGAUAUAUAUGAUGAAGUGGGCAUUGGGGGUGGUGCUUCUGGAAUUUCUGGAGGUCUUCUUCACCCUUAUUCUCCAAAAGUUAAGCUUCUUUGGGAGGGUGCUCAGUGUUGGAAAGAAAGCAUAAAGCUUUUGAGAAUUGCUGAAGAAGCUAGUGUCUCCAAGGACUGCCAAAUUGGAGAAUCUGCUGAAGAUAUGAAAGCUUUUGUUGCUCACAAAAGGGGCAUCUUAAGACCAGCAAUGGAUAUGAAGAAUAUGACCAAGUUGAAUGAUAAUGUCAAGACUUACCUUCCUAGCUGUAGAGUAGAAACACUUAAUAACGAAGAGGCUCAAUGUCUUUUACCCGGUGUAUGUUUACCAUUCAACACAGCUUUCUUUAUGCCUGAAGGUCUAAAUAUUGAUUCUCAAAACUAUCUUCAGGCACUUUUCCAAGCAUGCAAAAAUUUGGUGAAAGAAUCCUACACUCUUAAUUCUGGACAGAAACAGCUCAAUUUACUCAAAAAAUCUGUCCAUAGACUUUUUGAGUUUGAAGGGGAGUAUGAUGCAGUCAUCAUAUGCCUAGGUGCCAAAGUGAACAUGCUUCCCGAGAUCUCUGGGAGGCUUCCUUUGAGGACAUGUAGGGGUGUCAUUGCUCAUCUGGAACUGGCUGAUGAUAUAAGUGGUUAUCCCGAGCAUGGGCCGUCCAUAUUAUCAGAUGCCUGGAUUGCUGUUCAGGGCCCUCGUAGUCUAAAUGUGGGCUCAACGUGGGAGUGGAAAUCCAUGAAUUCAUCACCAAAUGUUUCAAACGAUGAAGCUUCAAAAGCUCUUCUACAGCUUCUGCCAAAGGCAUCUGCCAUUUAUCCUAGAAUAAAGGAUUGGGUUUUCACUGGAGCAAGAGCUGGUCUGAGGGCAAUGCCACCACUCACUCCCCUUGGAUCACUUCCACUUUUGGGUUGUAUCAAUGAUGUCAUUGGCAGUAAUAAUACUUGUAAAUAUUGGUUAUUUGGAGGGCUAGGUUCAAGAGGAUUGUUAUACCAUGGUUGGUUAGGUAAUUUGAUGGCACAUGCUGUGCUUUCUAGUACUGAAGAAGUAAUUCCAUCUGAGUUGACUUCUUGGAAAAAUUCUAAACCCAAUAUUUAGCA